AUCUAUAGAUGCCACUGCACCAUAAAGAGUUACCCUUUCAAAAGGUAAAACACAAACCUGUCAGAAAGGAUUGUGCUUUGUUUUGAUGCAGAGUUCGACUGAUUCAUUAACAUAUAAGGAUGUUUGGGAACAGUUAAACUCUAUUGUUCAGGACUGCACACUUCUUGAGAAGCUUGCUCAAAGUGUGUGUCCCACACAGGUCCGAUGACAGCCAUCUGCUGGGGUCCAGGCCCCUCCAUUCUCAUUGUCCUUUAGAGAGGAGAGAAAAGCCCUUCCCCCGACUCCUCAUAUUAGAGCUGUGCUCUCGGAAGAUAUGAUCCAGUUAUGACUCGAUCUAAAUGAGCUUUUCAAUUGAUAUUUUAGAUUUUCAGCUAGAGCCUCUGAUCAUCAUCAUAAAUUAUAAAGGCAGAAGUGACGUCAGCGUGAACUCGACUCCUGCGAACGCAAACAGGGUUUACGAGCGAAGCUCAUGUUUAAAAAGCGGUUUUCGCACUCAAGUAAAGGCAGAUUAUGCUCCGACAGCCGCGUCGCUUCACGAGCAGCAGCAGGACGGAGGAUGAGACGGCGGACUCGGGCGCGGAGACCGCGGGAUCUGACUGCAGUAAAAUGUCCUGCAGUAGCACUGACCUCUCGGCUGUCCCGGGUCAGGAGCUCCUUCUGCUCACCAUGCACCUGCUCACCAACCCUGGCGCCUCGCUGCUCCUCCAGCACACUCUGGACCGCCUGCUGAAGUGGGUUCGUCCCGGCCUGCGUCUUUUCCACGUGUCUGAGCGGGCCUGUCCUUUACAUGACUACGCCAGAGCUAACCAGCACCCUGCGGCAGGCCACCCCUCACACGCCGUCACCAUAUUCUUACACGAGUCUUACGGCGAGGAGCGCAUUCUCAGAGUACUGGACUUCCUGCAGUGUCCGCCCUGGCAGUACCACCAUACAGAGAGCUGCGGUGCCAGAGAGGCCGGUGUUCAUGUUAGCUCCCCAUCCAGCGCCCUGCUAAGGCCUUAUCUCCUGCCCAGCCGGGACUUCUACAGCCUGGGUGCAGGUAUGCCGGUGUGGGGUGUGCGGCCGGUGCACUACGGAGAAGAGGUGGUGCGGGUGACUUUGCACAGCACCUAUGAUAACUUUGAGGACACUGUGCGUUUAUAUGAGACGGUGCUACAGAGGAGGGCAGAAGAGCAGAAGACGGGCUUUUGCUGGUUCACGCUACUCACAGAAGCAGGCUUCAGCCUACAACUGGCCAUCAAGCAGCUCUCCCCCGGGGUGCGAGUGGAGCCGUGUUACUCCAUGGUGCUGCAGUUCAGGGUGGGGGAGAUCGGACAGCUCGUGCCCUUACUGCCCAACACCUGCUCGCCCAUCAGCGCCAGCCGAUGGCACACUGAAGAUCUGGAUGGCAACAAAAUCCUCUUUCAAGUUAAAGCUCCAGCACAAGCCCAAGGCUUCCUGAGGUCUGCGUUUCCUCUGAGCUGUCCCAGGAUGCUGCUGAGGAGCUGUGCAGCUGGCAGACCCCCUUCCACCUCUCCCUGCAGGAGGAUGUCCCAUCUGAAGGAGCACGUUGAGGACCACUGUCCCCGCGGCAUGAGGUCAGGCACAUGCGGCAGGGAGUGUGCCGGGUCAGACGGCACCCGCAGCACUCCUCCAGGAAGCUCCUGUUACUCGUCCCAGCGCAGCAGCCCCGCAGGCCUGUCGAUGAACUGGUAUGAGCCCAUGAUAACCUCAGAAACCUCCCUAUCCCGCCUCCAGCUGGAAGAGGAGGAGCCGGAGAUGAAUGUGGACACAGGUUGUGCUGUGAAGCCACAGGCCGCUUUAGGAGUGUCUGCUCUGCUGACUCUGUCUAGAGACCUGAAACACGUCCUGGAUGAGCCACGGUGGACCACUGACGAGAGUGCAGAGAGCGUCAUAGCAGAGACACAAGCUUCACAGUGUCACAGUCGACAUCAGCAUGCACAAGUAGAUGAGUUCUUCAUCUGACUGUUACCAUUUACUCAUUUGUUUGGAAAAGCAGCACACAUUUGCAUGAAUGCAUUUGCCAAAGCCACUUACAGUGCAUUCCCAUUGUAAGAAGUCAUGCAUUCCCUGGAAAUAAACAUCAAUACUGUCACUUUCAUACACGAUCAUCCAUUCACAUCGAUGAUUACGUAAUCUUAACAAAUGACAAAUAAAUAUAAUUCUUUAAUUGCAUUUGAUCUUUUCUAUAGGAUUUAUAGUGGGGUUCAAAAGAGAAUGAAAAUGCUUCUAUUUUGCAUUUUAGUACAGAUUUUUCAGUGCAAAUUACAUGAUCAUCAUAACGUCAGUGAGAUUUAG